CAACGAUUGUUCGACGUUAGCGUCACAGACGGGAGGGGAAAAAAUAGAAGAAAACAACUUUUUCAUGUGCAAUAAACAAAACAAUAAAAACAAUACUCAUGUGCGCUUUUACUAACCGCCAAGUUAAAUACCUAAAUCGAGUAUACACAAUGCGUAUUUCCCAGUGACUGGAAAAAGUGUUUUUCACUCCCGUGUCUGCUCUAACGGCGGGAAAACAGAAAACAAACAGAAAAAGAAAACAAUAAUAGCAACAAAAAUGAGCUCAAACGGUAACUCAAAUCUGCGAUGCAUCAAUUAUUAUGAUCUGUGCCGGAUUUGCACUUCAACAGCCACCAUCGAGCAGAAUAUCAACAUCUAUUCGCCAGAGGGCAGCGCUAAGAAUCUUCAACAUAAAAUCGCAGAAUGUUUGGGUCUUCAGAUCGACGAAAAAGACCGCCUGCCCAAGGUAGUGUGUGGUCAGUGUGUGCAGCAGGUGGAGCAAAUUUAUGAAUAUCGCAACGUUUGCAAGAACUCACAAACAAUGCUGAGUAAUUGCCUCAACAUUCGGACUGUGCCAAGUGAGGAUAAAAUCUAUAUAAAAGAUGCCAUCAGUGACAGUGGUAAGAGCCUAAGUGUACUGGGGACAAGCAGCCAGCAACAGAAUGCGCCAUCAAAUGAUCUAAUUAGCUCCAUAAUACAAGCAGUGAGCAUGCAGCCGCAACAGCAGUAUACCAUCACAGUGGAUAACUCCAAUCAGCAUCAUCUUCAACCGCAGACCAUAGCAAUUCAACCCGAGAUCCCAGUUAAAACGGAGAAACAAAAUGUUCUGGAGGAGUUUAUUCGUCUAAAGCCGGACAUCAAGAUUACACCAUUGGGCAAAAAGGACAUAAAAGCUCAGACAAUGCAAGCUGCUACUGUAACACAAGCAGCAGCUCCACAACCAAGCCAAGUUGCAGCUCCACCAAGUGCAGCUGCACCUCUGCAGAUGGCUACCACGCAGCUGAAUCUCAAUGAUCCAGGUCUUUGGCAACAGCUGCAACAAUUGCAAUUGCAACAGCAACUUCAACAGCUCACAAGUCAACUGCAGGGUCAGAAUCAAUUUGAAGAUUCCGGAGAUAAUAAGAAGCCGAAAUUAAAUUUUGUAAUCUCCACUCCGGCUGCAUUGCCGCAAGCGGCAAGUGUACAACCUCAGUUUGCGGCAGCGCCACAAAUCCAGUUGCAAUUAAUGCCUGGAGGAGGAGUGGCUGCUGCUCCUGCCCCAGCUGCUCCUGUUCAACCGCAAUUCAAUGCAUCAUCUCUGCUUUCCACAUUGACGGGCAACCACCAGACCACGGCUGGCAAUCUUCUUUCGCCCAACAAAUGUUUCCUGCCCAUUACCAUAAGAGAUGAGAAUUCGGAUCAACAAAUUGUCGCUCACAUAGACACCAAGAAUUUAGUGCUGCCGACUACCUACCAAGUGCAGAUGAAGUUGCAACCACAAUUGGCGACAGCAGACGGCCAACCCAUAAUGCAAUUAACUCCCACCUCCAUACCAGCCACAUUGCAGCUAACUCCGCAGACAUCAGUUCCCAUACAGAGUCAAUUCCUGACGCAAGCCUUAACACAACAACAGCAGCAGCAACCAAGUCCGAGUCCGAGUCCGCAUACGCCGCCAAGGCAAGCUCAGGUCACGUCGCAACAGAUUAUACGAUCGCCUCAAUCCACCAUGACAACAAAUCCACAGUUGGUCAUACGGAAUGUUGUUAAAUCAGAUCAGAUCAGUGCAUCAACGCCGCCUAGCAUGGGAAAUGAGAUGGGCACUUUUAAAACGCCCUCUCCGAGACAAAGACCGCAGUUACCAGUUAAGAACAGCAGUUCAUCCGCUCCUGCUGCUGCUUCGCAGGCUCAACCCAAUCGUUUGGUGACUCAAAUGAAGGCACAACCGUUGCCGACUACAUCAGCUGCACAUCAGCAGAGACUGAACUCGAUUACAACCAUUACGAAGGUGGCCACAAAGCAGCUCAACCAUCAGGCGACGCCUACUACUUCUGCACCCGCCAAAUUACCACAGCUAAACAAACAGAAUAUAACCAUAAGUCGCAUAUCAUCCACUGCUCCCAAUCAGCAGCAUACAUUAAGUAAACCGCAGCCUAAAUCUACGCCGAGCCCGACCAAUCCAACCCCCACACCGAUCUCUCUACCCACUCAUCCACCCAUUACGGUUUCUGUGGCUCCACAAAUUCAGCCAACGCCUAUAGCAAGUCAACACAAGAAAUGCAUAAAAAGACCACCGCUUCCUACCGUAGAGACCGCAGACAAGAAAUCCCGUCCCCAACAACAGAUUCUUCCUGGUCCAACAGCUGAACCACUCCCGACAAACGAGCCAUUAACUGGCACUUCAGUCAGCUCCUUGACCUGUCCCACCUGCAUGCGGGAAUUCAAGAAAAAGGAACAUCUCACUCAGCAUGUGAAGCUGCACGACGGCAUACGUCCCUUUAGAUGUACCGAAGAGGGCUGUGAUAAGGCAUUCAGCCGCAAGGAGCACUUGUCGCGGCAUCUCAUUUCACAUUCGGGGCAGAAGAUGUUCACCUGUGAGGUAUGCAAGAAGUUCUUCUCCCGCAAGGAUAAUCUAAACAAACAUAAACGGAUUCAUGCGCAGCCUCCCAACGAGACCUUGUAUAGUUGCGAUAUAUGUAAUAAAAACUUUGCAUCAAAAUUGCAUUAUGAGAAACAUCGGGAGAUGCAUAAAAAGCCAGCAGCAGUUUCGACAAACGUCAAUCAAGUAGCCGCCAAUAAGGAUCUGUACGAGGUAAAAGUCAGCAACAAAUCUCAACAGACAACCACAAACCAUGCAGCAGCCCAGCAACAUCAGCAGCAACAGCAACCGCAAAUUAUGCAUGUGGUUACCACCCAAGAUUUAGCCGGCAAUACCAUAACCAUAACUCAAGCACCUCCCGAUUCCAAUUCGCUGGCCAAUUUUGUCCAGUUGGGUUUCCCGCAAUUUCAGCAAGCAGAACAAAAAAUUGAAAAAUAGGCUAAGGAUUUUAUUUAUACUUUUAAUGCUUUCUAGUCGUUCGACCUGUUUUAUCUUGCCUCUUUCGACACUUCAGAUUGGUCGUAAUUUUAGUUUGUCCUAAUGAAUUUUAUUUAUAAUUAUUUCGAUUCUUCUUACCAGUGCAAUAUUAGCUUUAUUAUUUUGCUUUAUCAUUUAUUUGAAUUUGUUUUCUCUUUUUAAAAAUUUUUGAGGCUGUUUCAUUCUUAAAGCGAUUGUUUUUUCUCCUUAUUUUCUCAAUAUAAGUUUAAAGAGCUCAAGUGAAAUCUGUAAAUACUUAUCUCAUAAUGUAGAUUACCUUUUUUUAAGGUAAAAACCUAUUCAGAAAAAUUAAAAUACACUUCCCCAAUGAAUGAAUAAAUAUGUGUAUGUAAAUAAGUGUACGUGUAAAUUAUA